AUGUGCGCAGACGCAGAGGCGUUGGUUCAACUGGCAGCCACGGGGUUGGCUGGUAUCUUUGCCGGAGCAUCCAUUUACAUUAGUGUGGCUCAGCAUCCAGCGCUUAUGGAGACGGACGCAUUAAUCUUCCAAGCCCCUUUCUUUCGUCGCAUGUAUUUCUAUGCGGCACGCAUGCAGGGUCCUAUGGCAGUAGGCAGUGGAUUCAGUGCACUGCUUGUAUCGCUGCUGCAGAAGCAACGAGGACCACACGCUGGGAUGCCGAAGCUCUGGCUCACAAGUGGCUGUCUUAUCGGAGGCAUCGUACCCUUUACUGCACUGAAGAUGCUAGGGCUUAACUAUAAACUUGUGGACUCGAAACGAUGUGUGAAUCGUGGUCAGUCGUGGAUGCAGGAGAUGCUACGGAGAUGGGGUAAACUGCAUGCGGUACGCGCUGGUGCGAGUGCACUGGCGUUUUCGGGAAUGCUGGUGGCAAUGGCGUGUGGAGGAGAUAGAACACCAGCAUCAGCUUUUAAAAUUUGGGUUGUCGAAGAGCUCUGGUACUUACGACGACUCUUUGUUAAGAACGUCCGUCGUCUGCUGCACUUGCUGUCGACAACUGCCCGUAAAGCACGCGCUGAGAUCGCAGCUUUACUGCACAAGUACUACAGCCUCCUGUUUGAGGACACACCCGUCAGAGUAUACAAGGCCGUUGUCGACUUCAACAGGUGGCUCACGGAAGUGCUUGGGGAUACACACUCAAAAAACAUUGACUGGGGCCCGUCGUAUGGUGGGCAUUCCUGGCUUGCUCUGGAAGAGCAGCCACGUCACAGUCGAACACGUCAGUGGACUCUCGCUUUCGAUAAUGCCUCAACUGUUCAGCUGCUUCAGACAGCCUGUGAAUACUACAUGGUCCGUUGUGACCGCCUCGAAACAACAAACGCAAGUCUUGAGACGCAACAAGCUGAAUUGAAGGCCCGACUGAAGGAAGCACUCACUCGUGCAUUUGAAGCACAACAAGCCCUGCAACCGAAAUCGAGUGAUGAGCACCCCUUAAGUCUGAACCAGCAAAGAACAAGUGCGCUGAGCACCCUGGACACAAUCAGUAAGACUCUACAGAAAAACACUGAAGAAACAUCAGUGGGCGAAUCGAAUCCGGCGAGUGACUUGGAUAGCGAGGUCGAAGACGCUUUAGCUGACUACGAAGACAUCGAGUUGGAAGUAGCAACAUUUGACAACCAAGACGAACUUCUGCCCUCGCUGCCGAGUGACGACAUACAUGAAGAACAAGAGAUCUUUGAGCUGUCGAUGGGGCAGCUGGAGCUGGAUCCUGUGACUUCUUCCGUUGUCAUGUGUGACCCAAUCCAUAUCUCCUCUGAUUCAGACUACGAGCAGCUCACCAAGUUGCGCUCAGAUGAAGCAAACAGCGGUAGUUGGUACCGCCAUGCACUGCGCAUACUUAAGGAAGCACGCAAACUACGCUCGAAAACCCGUGCUACAGUUGGACAACCGUCCGUAACCAAGCUUACAGCGAGUGCGGUUUGCAAAGAAGCCGAAGCUCAAGAAUUUACGCAACUCGUUUUCACUGGCAGCGACGAUGAGGAUUCGGCGUGGUAUCGCAAAGCACUGCAACAUCUCAAGAAAGAGCGCAAGCACCGCCUGAGCCUCCGCGAUCGAGCUGAAUCGUUCAGUUCCACCAUUUCUCUUGUCGACUAG